AUGGUAGGCUCAGAUGCAGCAGUCGAGUUCCCGAGGUGGCGCAUACUGACGUUCCCACAGGCGCCCAAAACCCAACCCAACCCACAAAAGGCAGCCUCGAUCCUCACAUGGUUCCACAAGACGGCACAGGCUCACAGCAUCAAAGACCUGGAGAAGACGCUACCACAAGUCUCGUCCAUCAACGGCAUGCAAGUCAAGGACUACUUGCAAGCUCUCUCCGACGACAACAAGAUCCGCGUCGAGAAGAUUGGCAGCGGCAACUGGUAUUGGAGCUUUCCGGCCGACGAGAAGAAAGCCAAGGACACUGCUAUUGAAAAGGCCCAAGACGAAUACAACAAGGCCAACGCUACCGUCAGCGAGCUCCAGGCAAAAGUGGAUGAUGCAGACGCGGCUCGUGCUGAAGGCGAAGAGAUGCUCAUGGAAGUGGGCGGUGAUCGCAAGACACUGAUGACCAAGCAUUCGGAUCUGGCAAAGGAAGUCGAGAAGCUUCGCACAGAGCUAGCCGCUUAUAGCGAACAAGAUCCCGUCGAGAUGGAAAAGAAGACAGCGGAUACACAACAAGCGCGCCUUGAAGCUGAGAAGUUCACUGACCAGAUACUCAUGAUGCAGGGCUGGUUCAAGCAGCAAGUUGGUGGCGGCGAGGACUACUUGAGCAUGCUCAAGGGGCUUUUUGGCCCUGAGUACGACGAGGAGGAGCAGAGCCUGCGUGAGCUUGUUUAA